AUGGCCUCCACAGGAGAUUCCGAGGCAAUUCCUGAGCCCAGUCAACCAUUACAAAACCAGCCAGAACCACAAGACAACUCACAAACCGUUCAGACAAGCACAUCUCAAGGCGACAAUGGCGGGCCAGCGGCCCCAAUGUCCAAAAACGCCCUCAAGCGCCUCCGCAAGGUCCAAGAAUGGGAAGACGGGCGGGAGGACCGUAAGAAGCGCCGACGAGAGAAGCGCCACGCCACCAAAGCUCGUCGUCGGGAAGAACGAGCAGAACUCAUAGCACAAGGAGCAGACCCGGCGGUUUUGUUUGCCAAGAAGCUACCAGCGCAGCGUGUUCCCAUUGCACUUAUCCUAGACUGCGGGUUUGAGGAUUACAUGACGGAGCGGGAGAAUGUUUCGCUGUCCAGCCAAGUCACGCGGUGUUACUCUGAUAACCGCAACUUCAAGUACAAGUCUCACCUGUGGAUCAGUGGAUGGGGCGGCAAGCUCAAGGAACGUUUUGAAACGGCCUUGGAGAAUCAGCACAUGAAUUGGAAGGGCGUGGGCUUCGAGGAGGGCAAUUUCCUGGCUGCGGCUGUGCGUGCAAGGGAGAAGAUGGUGGUGGAUGACGGUGAGAUGAUUGACGCUCUGAAGAGGAGUGCAGAUAAUAAAGUCAAGUGGGAAAGGGAUGAGAAGGUGCCGUUUCCCAUAUCUGAUCCGAUACCCGAGUUGAAUGAAGAUUUCAAGGACGUGGUGUACCUGACGUCGGAGUCGCCUUAUACGCUGGAAAGAUUGGAGCCGAAUACGAGUUAUGUGAUCGGCGGGCUGGUGGACAAGAACCGCGAAAAGGGACUGUGUUACAAACGUGCUGUUGAGAUGGGUAUUCGUACAGCCAAGUUGCCCAUUGGGCAGUACUUGAUGUUGCGGUCUAGGCAGAUUCUCACGACGAACCAUGUUGUGGAGAUUAUGGUACGGUGGCUAGAGUGCGAGAGUUGGGCCGAGGCGUUUAUGCAUGUAAUUCCGAAGAGAAAGGGUGCCACGGUGCGUGAGGAUGAGGACGACGGUGAGGGUGAGGAUGAGGGUGAUGAGGAGAAGGAGGGCGGCGAUAAGAGUGAGAAUGAGAUAGCGAAGGAGGACAGCGCGGGGUUAGAGGCAGAGGUACAGUUAGAAGAGGCAACUGGCGAGCAAGGCCAAAAGUAG